CUUUUGAAGUUGAUUUUGUAGUCUUUGCCGAACUCAAUAACAUUCCCAGCACAAAUGUAAAGCUACGCUGAGAAGUUUCGAAGUUAUUCCAGGCUGUAAGGUCUGAUCAUUUGUCUUCGAUCUCCUUACCGAUUUCAUCUCUAUCACUCUUCAAAAGUUAUAAAUGCGGAUCGAUUUUAUAGAUGUAGUGCAAAGAUUCUCCGAAUCUACUGCCAAGCGGGUUUGGGGUUAGGAGAGUAUACUACAUGCCGGCCAACCUUGUACGUCUCGUCUUGUCAUGGAACCGAGAGAGAAGGAUAGCAGUGUUCCAAACACACAGGGAAGUUUUCGAACACUAGAUCACUCAUCUACACGUGAAAUUGAGUCUGCAAAUGCCCGCUUGUAUAACAUGCCGCGGCCACCGCCAACGGGAGAAGAUUCAAGCGAGAACGAUCGCUCGAAAGAAGGACUUGGUCAAUUUAAAGCUGAUUCCUACGAGCCACCAAGUCCUCGACUUACACCUCGAAGAUCUACUGCAAAGGAAUUACCGAUAAGCCAUGGAGCUUCUCUCGCGACAGAUGAAGAGAAGUUAGCACCGCUAGGGUUUGAACCCGAAGGACAAGCUGUUUCGAGUCCGACAUUUCAUGAACGACUGGGAACUUGUUUCACAGACAAGUUAAGCGAUUGUGAUGAAUCGUAUGUUUUUUACCAGUAUUUACGAAGAAUUAACCGUGACAUUCUUCUAGAUUUCUGCCGAACUUGUGAUGACUUUCGAGGUAUGGUACCUACAUCGCCUCAGACGCGAUCCACGGCCAAAGCAAUCUUUCAAAAAUACAUAUUUUCUCGAGAUACCUGUGACUUAUUAGGGAUCAAGGAAUCUUCGAGGACUAAAAUUGCGGAACAUAUAAGCGACCAGCCCACAGAUCCUCUACUUUUCGAACAAGCAUGCUCAGAAGUUAUGGUGAAUUUAAAAACUACAUACUAUGAAUCGUUUCUAAGCUCAAGUUUCUACAAAGAGUUUACCGAAACUCAUUGUGAAUCACCGAAAAUUAUCAACGAGAUGGUAGCUCCUUAUAGUGGAAGGUUUCAAGGUGGCUAUCUACCUACUUUACCUGAGGAAAAAGUAUUGGGAUUCGGUGAAGAAAUAGAAGAAUUCGAAUAUGAUCAACAGUGUAAAAAUACCAAGGGACUAUCAGGACUGACCUACACUAGUACGGACCCGACCUCGGAUGAAAAAAAUGCACGAAAAUUGCUCCAUAACCCUGUAAAGGACACCAGCUCACCAUAUUAUUAUCCAACGGCACCAUUAGCUUCAAUAACAGAGUCUGUGGAGAGCCAAAGCAUGUCGAGCGAUGCCCUUACUGAUGAUACAUUAUCAAUGACGACCGAUACCAGUGAUGGUCAUUCUAGACAUAGUGGAGGACGAAGGCACCCUCRUCGGAGCAGAAAUCCAAGCAACCCRAUGUCACGCUUUCCAUUUGUUCCAAGAACACACAGGAUGCCCAAAGAAGCAAGAAACCCCCUUAGUCCAGAAGAAUUUGUUCGAAUUUUAAACCAGAAACUUGAGAAAGUUGUCAUUGAAAGACAGCUUCAGGAGAGAGAAGCUAUCAAUCUGUCACACUCAAUAGAUGUUGAGAGUGCAAGUAGUGGCCACUCCAAGAAAUCAAUCCUUCAAGAAGCCAUUGAGAACAAAGAACGGCGGGAUAGAAUUCCCUUGAGUACAAUGGCAAUGAUGUCUCCUCUUCUUGUCCAAGAUGAUACAACAUCAAUCAGUACAUCUAAUCAUUCAUCAUCAAAAAGUACAAGUGCUAAUGCCACUGCUGGAUCAGGCGCCGUGAACAGCAGCAGUAGUGACAGUACACACAAACGAAGCAAAAGUAAACAUGGUUCAAAAUCCUCCAGACAGGAAUCUGAUAAAUCAUGUGAACAAGCCCCUCAUUUGAAUAGAGAAUGCAAUAAACCCCCUAAAAAAGUUACUAUUCCCUCUGACAAUAACAUUCCAUUUCUGACUGUAAAUCAUCAUCGGAUUAUGAAAUGGAUGGAAACAGGUGAAGAAGAACUUCAAAGAGAGAAAACCACUAAAGUGAGGCACCAGUCCAAGAGUAGUCGGCAAUCAUCGUCAUCAAGUCGGACAGGGGAAAACUACACUAGUCAGCUUCAACCUAACCAGCCUAUCGCUCAAGAUCCAAACAUGCCCCUUCUGCCUCAACCUGAAGCUACUACGGUGCUGGGCGAGGUGCGGAGGAGGUUAAUGGAAUCUAAAGAACAAGAGAGAAGAAGUAAACAUAGCCAAAAGCACAGGUCAAGAGCUAGUGUUGACAACACAAGCGACAGUAUGUCUUCGUUCCAAGACAAAUYGAGUUCAACAGACUGUUCAAGUUGUGCUCAAUCAUUGCUCUCAUACGACUUAAAACCCCACCAAUCAUGUGAGGCUUCUUCGACAUUUUCAUCUAUUCCAUCUUCUGCAUCAAAUAUAAAUAAUGACACAAAAAGUAGAUCAGACAGUGGAAUCGGCACAGGAUUAAGGAAGAAAGAAAAGCAUAAUUCAACAACAAUUAUUUACUGGCUAUGGGGUGAACCUAUUGCAUAUCGGACAUCAUUACCAGGAAAGAAUGUUACACUAGGACAAUUUAAAACAUUGAUCAUGAGAAAAGGGGAAUUCAGAUACUUCUUCAAGACGAAAACAGACGAAGAAGACAGAGACUGUGAAGUUGUUUAUGAAGAAGUACGAGAUGAUGAAUCUAAGCUUCCAUUGUAUGAAGGAAAAAUUGUUGGAAAAGUUGAGAAAGUAGACUCAUGAUUCAAACAGUUUGCCAAGAGAGUUUUUAAAGGAAUGUCUUGUUUUAUUAAUGGAAUAUUUUAUGACCGAGAAAGGAUUUUUAAUAUUAUUAUAACUAAAAUUCAAGGAUUUCUAGGCCUUGAGUGCCAGAGAUUUGGCUAUCAUGUACAUACAAAAUACUCAUAAUAUAUUUGUACAAUAAUAUGAUAUGUUAAUGUUGUAAAAUUUUAAGGUUCCUUCAAAUAAAAACAUUAUUUUACAGAAUUAA